AUGUACUUCGCCGAGAAUCGAUUUCGCCUCAUCUUCGAAGAUUACGAUAGCUCCGUGUAUACUGCCCUACUGAAAGUAUUGAAGAGCCACGGCAUUGAAAUGCGGGAACACGUCAAAGUAUCUAUACGCGGCGAUCCGAAUUGGGACAAUCUAAGCCGAUGGCUAUACCUUCUGAGCACGCACAAAUGCAAGGCGCCCGAACGCUAUGAAGACUAUGGGCAAAUGGAGUACGACAGCUACGACAAGUUACAGAUGGUAUUCCACUGCGCUCAGAAGGGCUGGCGUGACAUGGACUGGAGAGCUUUCCAGUUCCCUCUGCAGCUGUUCCGCAUUAUACUUGCCAGUUCGGACCGCCGAUGGCUGCCAGCGGAUCAAACGUUCCGCGAUGCGCGUGAUCUGUUCAUACGCACCGAUCUGACUGCUGGCCUGGAGAACAUGCGCGAACAGAUUGAUCGAGCAGAUCCUCGGAUUCACAGAUACAGGCCCCGAAAUAUGGAAUGA